UCUUAAAGUUUUUUUUUUUUUUUAUAAAGAAAAAAAAGUUUCCCAAGCCUUUCUUCUGGAUAAAAGUCACUACUACGAUUCAUAUCUGGUAUCGGUCGCCAACGCAAGAGCCGACGUAUGGAUCUUUCGAAUUCCUAGAUGCCUGUUCUGCGAAAUUAUUUCUCUUCCCAAUUCAUUCCCUUUUCUCUCCGCCGUGACCGAAAACCUCGCUAUUUUUCCUACUCGUCUCUACGCGAUUGGAAGAAAAGGGCAUCGGGGAUGGAAUCGGUAGCCCGAGGUAUGGCGAUCGUCUUCUGGUCCCUGAUUGAUCUGUUUUCCUCUUCUUCUUCGCGUUACAGAACGAUUUGCUGAUAAAUAGAACACCCAGCAGCGUCGCUACACUUUACGUGAAGCUCCUCUCGGAGGAAAUCUAGGGGAAAGCGCGUUACUUGUAAAAUCUCGUCAGCAGAUUGUUUUGGAAGGAUCUUUGAUCAUGGCAGACUUGGAGAACCUGCUGUUGCAGGCCGCAGGGAGAACGGGCACAUCUGGGAGGAAGAACAACCACUCUCGCCCUCAGUCAAGGUGGCGAAGGGAAGGCUCGUACUCUGAUGGAAGUGAUUCCAAGGAUGACGACUCUGACAACCCUAGGUACAAUAAAAGGAAACCAGCAGGCUCUCAAGUCCCUCUUAAGAAGAGGCUCGACCCGCCUGAGAAAGAUAAGAGCAGUGGCUGGGGGGAUGAUGAUGAGGACGACGACGACGACGAUGACGACAGGCAGAGCGAUGAUGAAUCUGACAGCGCUCCAUCAGUUGGAAGUGAUCUUUACAGGGAUGAAGCGGAUAAGGAGGAACUGGGAAAGAUGUCUGAGUUGGACCGGGAGCUGAUACUAGCAGAGCGGAGCACGAAGAUAGAUGAUUACAAAUUGAAGAAGAUGGCAAGAGCAUCAUCAGCAAAAAUGGAGAAGUCCCGGAAAGAAAGCCCUCCCCCUCUUCCAAACCGCAGCCGCUCAUCGGCCCGCAUAGAUAGGACUGCUGCCAAGAGCGCUUUAGAUGAGUUGCGGGCCAAGAGGAUGAAACAGCAAGCUCCAGAGGGUUAUCGUGGUAGAUUCAAGGAUGCAGUUGGAGAUGGAGGUAGCGUUGGUGCUGGUCAUCAGGACAUGUCUCCUCCGAAACAUAGAUCAGCAGCCAGUCCUCCCAGUGAUUUGAGCAAUGAACAUGAAAGUGGAGGCAGAAUGGAUAGUGAGGAUGAAAGGUUCCCGGGGAACAACAGAAUGGAGGAUGAUUUAUUAGAUGAUUCCCCAUCCAGAUUGGAUCCACUGAAGUUUGAGGAUAUCAAAGAUAUAACAAUUCGGAGGUCAAAGCUGGUGAAGUGGUUCAGGGAACCUUUCUUUGAAGAUCUCAUUGUUGGAUGCUUUGUACGAGUCCAGGUUGGGUCUCGAUCUGGUGCCAGAUAUAAGCUCUUCUUAGUUCGUAAUGUGGAUGCGGCUGAUCCUAGUAGACAGUACAAGCUGGAGCAUCAUACAACUUACAAGAUGUUGAGCCUGACAUGGGGUAAUAUGUCUGUGAAGUAUGAGAUGGCUUAUGUUUCAGACUCUCCAGCACUUGAGAAGGAGUUUAAGGAAUGGCAACAUGAGGUUGAAAAGAGUGGUGGUCGGAUGCCAACCCGUCAGAAUGUGCAGGAUAAGAAGGAAGCUAUUCAAAGGAUCAACAACUUUGUCUAUUCAGCAGCCACCGUGAAGCAGAUGCUGCAAGAGAAGAAGUCAGCCUCGGGGAGGCCAGUCAAUGUUGCAGCUGAGAAGGAUCGAUUGAGGAAGGAGAUGGAAGUGGCGGAGAGUCGGCGAGAUGAGGCAGAAGUGGAAAGGAUCCGAGCAAGGCUGAAGGAGUUAGAGGACAUGUCUCGGAAAGCAGAGCAGAAGGAUGCAAAAGCUGUUAGAUUGGCUGAGAUGAAUAGGAAGAACCGAGCUGAAAACUUUAAGAAUGCCUCAGAGUUGAAGCCAGUGAACCCAAGCUUAAAGGCUGGGGAGGCAGGUUAUGAUCCCUUUUCUAGGAGAUGGACUAGGUCCAGGAAUUAUUAUGUGUCAAAGCCUGGGGGGGAUGGGAACGCAGUAGCUGCAAAUGGGGAUAAUGGGAGCGCAACAAUGGGUAAUGGAGAUGCAGGUGCUGUGGGGCCACUGAAUGGAGUUGAGGCUGGUGUAGCCGCCACUGCUGCGGCUCUGGAGGCAGCAGCAGGUGCAGGGAAGUUGGUAGAUACGAGUGCACCAGUGGACCAGGGCACUGAAUCAAACACGCUGCAUGAUUUUGAGUUGCCAAUCUCUUUGGCUGCUCUGCAGAAGUUCGGGGGCCCUCAAGCUGUUCAUUUGAAUUUUAUGUCAAGGAAGCAGAAGAUAGAAGCAACAACUGGAUACAAAGUUCCAGACAAUGAUGGGCGGCGACAUGCUUUGACUUUGACAGUCAGUGACUACAAGAGACGGAGGGGUCUGCUUUGAGUGACUGCUUCAAACAGGCUUCAAUCUACAAAUAUCUGGUUGGAACUUCUUUGGUCCCAUUUUAGUGUGUUGGAUUGCUCUCUCAUGCUCCCAUCUGCCUUCCCCUUUAUCGGCUUUUUAAACUUGAUGUUUGGAGUUGAUGUUGUUUUCAUAAAAGAUAUUAGUUACUUUAUUAAUGAGUAUUUAUGUUCUGAGUAUGCUUGAA